AUGCUCUACACCAAAGACGUCGAUAACCUUCACGAUCACUGUGAGAAGAAAAACGCUUUCACGUGGUUGAUGAACUGCACUACUGACUUCAACUCUGGGACUCUCGGUGGCGGUAACAGUGGAUUGCUUAAAAGAUUCAGCUGUAGAAGAUCCAUUAGACUGCGAAAAAUUGAAAACUGGACUAGCUGGAACGACGAAACCGAAAAUCCGACAAAUACUACCUCUGCUCAAUCACCGUCGCCCAUAACCACCGCCAAUACUUGCAAUGCCGAUACCGCUCCACCGCUACUGCAAAAUGCUACAGCUUCAACACUGGCACUUUCUGCUAUCUGUACCAACAACGUAAGCAUUCCACCGCCGAUAUGCUCCACAAACCACCACAACAUUACUACUACGCAUCCGCCGUCAACCGUCACCUCUAUCAACACAUGUUUUCAACCACCGACAUUCCCGACCGGUUAUCAUAACCGCACUGUUCCACAUCCACCACCAACCGCCACCACCGCUACUGUGAUCUCUACCAACGCUCAUGCAAGCUGCACACCCGUACUGAGCAAUGGAUUAUCGACUACCAAUUUCACACUACCAGCCACUGUGCCGCCUACAGCAACUGACCUUGCCGUAUCAGUUUCGCAUUCUACAUCAUCGAAUUCACCUCAUACUUUAAACAUUCCGCAAUCAGAGUCUAGAACAACCAACAUUCUGCAACCGUUACCUAAACGAAUUAACAAAAACAGUCAGGAAGCUCCUCUAUUAGUUGCACCUCCAGCACAGCAAGUACAAGAUAGCAGCAACUGGUGUGACAGUAGUCUAAUCGAAUGCUUAAAACUCGUCCGCCAGAGUAUCGAUCGACCGCUCUCAUUCAUAUCGUUUAAGCUGCGGGUCCCUAGCGAUUUCGAAAAUUUAAUAACUUCUCCGGACUUCUGGCCAUCCGGUGUGUCUAUUGCUCCUUUUUUAGAGCAAGCACCCCUACGCAGACCGAAUGCAUCACGACCUCCACCACGACAACAAAAUGUAUACAACUACACCCAAGUACAAUCUCCUCGAUCAUUCCCAAUCAUUUCUCAAUCGAUCCGUCGUCCCUACCCUCGCUCACCGGUACAGUACCCUCCAAUGCCUUAUCAGUAUCCAACUCGACAAAGCCAAACACUUGUUUAG